AUGGACACCUCCGUGCACAACAUCAAAGAAGAAUCUGCUGCGGCUUAUACCAUUACCAUCAUUGACGGCGGUAAAGUGACGAUCAAGUGUAACCUCAAAGAAUGCAACAAGGAUGCAGAAUAUUUCUUGCGAGGCAAGUUCGCAGUAUACGAUGUCGUCAAGGACGCCGUCGACAACUUCGACGCACGCACCCCGACCAAACUCAUGGGCUGGAACUGGAGCGCCGAGGAGGGAAAUAUCAGGCUAGCGUUGGACGGGCUGUACGGCAAGCAUGCUACUUACCUGAAGAACCUCACGCGCGUGGUUCCCCCGAUGCAGCACCGCGCGUUGCAGGCAGAUGACGCGUCGCUCGGCAGCGUCUGCCUGAAGACGCACAAGGACCCAGUCAAGGAGACCGCGCACAAUGUGGCCCUCAAUCCGCUUCUCAAGACCAAGAAGGGCACUCAGACAUCAACUGGCAUCGGCGGCCUGAAGGAACCCACGCCCCGCGCCGCUGCGCCUCCUGGCUGGCCACAGAGGGCGCGCGCGGGGGCAACUGUCAACGCGGCCCUGAAGCAUGCGUCGACCAGCAUGGGCGUGAAGGUCCCAGUGCUGGCCAACAGCGAGAAUCUCGCCGCUGGUGACACGCUGCACGCGUCGCGCGAAAUGAUGGCCACCCUGUCGGGCAAGCCAGUGCGAGUCGCAACGGGCAGCGGGCCGAAGAAGAAGGCAAUGCCGCCCCCAUGCCGAGUGACCAACACAUUGGCCAUCGAGGGCGGGGGUCUCAAGGAGCCGCGGGUACCACGGGACAUCCUUCUCAGGGGCGGCACGCCGUGGAUCGAGCUCAGCGAGAAGGGCGCGCAGCUCCAGUUAUUCGCCGGGCCCCCAGCAUAA